AAAAAAAAAAAGGAGAAGAAAUAGUAUAAGAAGGAAAACAAAUUGCCUGUAUCUGUCCCCUCUUACUUUCUCUUCUCUCUCAUCUCCCCCAAAAUUCCUUCGCCUAUCAAUCCCUCUGUGUCACGAAUUUAUAUUAUAUUAUUGUUUGUUUAUUCGUAUAUUUUGAGUAUUGGCAUUAAAUUAGCCUCCUUGUUGUUCGAUUUUUGCUUUGGGGACUUUUCUUUGAUUGCGAAGACAGUAAAAUUUAUCAUCAAUCAAUCCGAUAGAUUAUGAUCGUCGUGAUGUGUCUUUUGGGAGCUGGGAUGUUGUGAGAGCAAUUCCCGUGAAUGAAGGAGGAUGGGAUUGGAAUCGGCUGGGGUCGGGUUCGUUGAGUUGGAAGAGAAGCUCGGCGCCCAGUUCGGCAAUCGGGUUGUUAAGUCCGAUCGGUGAUCGGUUCACUAAAUUGGGUUUUUGCGUCUUUAUCAUUGUUGUGUUGCGAAGAGGGGUCGUAUGGACGCAUUGUGCGAGGUCAGUUUCUGGGUUGGAGCUUGAUUUUGGGGCUUCUGGGUCUGGGUCAUGGAUGAGGUCUGUCCUAGCAAUGAGCCAAAGGAUUCGGCUGGCGGUGGUGGUGCUCCCGAGGACUUAUCAUCGUCAUCGGCGGCGCCGGCUGGGGCGGGGUUCGAUUGGCGGCCAAGGCAGCUCGUUUUUCGUCCUUAUGAGACUGUGAUCAAGUCGCAAGCUUUGCGCGUUGUUGUGCGAAAAUCUUCAGUGGCAAGACUAACCAAGGACUUAGUUGAAACGUAUCAAAUAUGCAAUCCGCAGUUUAAGUAUUCAGAUGAACUAAAUCCAAAGAGAUAUUUGACCACCCCAUCCAUUGGAGUGCAAAAUGAUGGCUAUGAUAAUGCGAACUCGGAUCUUAUUCUCACUGUGAACUUUGUCUUAAUCAAUUCAGAAAUGCAGCAGAGAUACAUUGUCAAAGAUGUUCUUGGCCAUGGGACAUUUGGGCAGGUUGCUAAAUGCUGGGUUGCAGAGACCAACAGCUCUGUUGCUGUGAAAAUUAUCAAAAAUCACCCUGCUUACUAUCAACAGGCACUGGUUGAAGUAUCUAUUCUGACAAUGUUAAAUAAGAAGUAUGAUCCUGAGGAUAAGCAUCAUAUUGUUCGCAUUUAUGAUUACUUCGUAUAUCAGCGUCAUUUGUGCAUCUGCUUUGAACUGCUUGACACAAAUCUGUAUGAGCUUAUAAAAAUAAAUCACUUUAGGGGAUUAUCCUUGAGCAUUGUCCAAAUGUUCUCUAAACAGAUUUUAUGUGGACUGGCUCUGUUAAAAGAUGCUGGGAUCAUUCACUGUGAUCUGAAGCCAGAAAACAUUCUUUUGUGCGGAAGCAGCAGUGUGAAGCCAGCAGAAGUUAAAAUUAUCGACUUUGGAUCAGCAUGCAUGGAAGAUCGUACUGUUUACUCCUACAUUCAGAGUCGUUACUACAGAUCUCCUGAAGUUCUUCUUGGGUAUCAAUAUUCUACGGCUAUUGAUAUGUGGUCCUUUGGGUGCAUAGUUGCUGAAUUGUUUCUAGGCUUGCCAUUAUUCCCAGGAGCUUCAGAAUUCGAUCUCCUUAGUCGAAUGGUUCAAAUACUUGGAGGACAACCCCCGGAUUAUGUACUAAAGGAGGCAAAAAGCACAAGUAAGUUUUUCAAGUGCAUUGGGAGUGUCCACAAUAUAGAGAAUGGUGAAGUUUCAACAAAUGGCAGAAGUGCUUACCAAGCAUUAACAGAAGAAGAAUAUGAAGCUAGAGAGAUGAAAAAGCCAGUGAUUGGAAAAGAGUAUUUCAAACAUAUGAAUCUUGAAGAAAUCGUCGGAAGCUAUCCUUAUAGAAAGAACUUGCCUCAGGAAGAUAUUAUAAGAGAAAGUCAAAUCCGAUUAGCUUUGAUCGAUUUCUUGAGGGGACUUGUUGAUUUUGAUCCUACUAAACGGUGGUCGCCUUUUCAGGCUUCAAAGCACCCUUUUGUUACAGGGGAACCUUUUACAUGCCCAUACAAGCCUCCCCCAGAGACCCCUCGUGUGCCUGUUGCUCAAAAUAUCAAGGUGGACCAUAACCCAGGUGGAGGACAUUGGUUUGCUGCUGGUCUCUCUCCUAAUAUUCCAGGCAGGAACAGAGUUGCUCCUCAUAACAGCCCGCACUUUCAGGUGGUUCCGUAUCCACACGGCAACAGUUAUGGCAGUGUUGGAAGUUAUGGCAGCUAUAAUGAUAGUACAGGGCUUGGAAGCAGCUAUGGAAGUUAUGGAGAUAGUAGUAAUAUGUUUGCAUAUUAUUCACCUGUUGGUCCAUCUGGGAUGAACAUGCAUCCACAGGGAAAUGUCUCAAUGCUGGGAAGUAGUCCUGAUGCAAGAAGAAGGGUUAUUCAAUAUCCACACGGAAAUGGACUUGGUAUAAGUCCCUCAGCAGGAAAUUUUGCGCCACUGCCUCUUGGCACUAGCCCCUCACAACAUACUCCUCCAAGCUCCUAUAGUCAAGUUUCUACUGGUUCUCCUGGACAUUAUGGUCCAACCUCUCCAGCCAGAGGCAGUCAUGGAUCGCCUUUAGGAAAGAUGGCUGCAGUUAGCCAGAUGAAUAGAAGAAAAAAUUGGUAUCCUGUAAAUUCUCAAUCUCAAGAGAGCCCGUCAUCUUCUCAUUGGCAAGGGCAAAUUAGCGAUGCCUCCAGCUCUACGCAAGCUGAAGGAAAUUCUCAAAUGCUUGGUGCUUCGCCAAAACAUCUGCAGUCAAAUUCUAAUACUGCAAGCUGGAAGCAGCAUCGAGGAGGCAGUGGAAUCUCUGCUGGUUACUCUGCCAUUCAAAGCACCCCAGGUUCAUCUACACUUCGACCUAAUGUGCAAUUUGCGCCAACUGCAGGAGCAGCUAAAGACAAGCCAGAGGCUGGCCUCUCACUUCCUGAUCCUGGAGAUUGGGAUCCAAACUAUAGUGAUGAACUUCUUCUGCAAGAGGAUGGUUCGGAUGUGAGCACCAUGACUACCGAGUUCAGCAAAAACAUGCAUCUUGUAUCUGCACAACCAUUGGUCGGGUUUGGAAGGUUCAACCCUGCUGCAAGCACAAGCUCAUAUCCACCCAUACAAAGACAAAAUGGACGUGUUCAAGCCUUUUCACAUGUGGAGGUGGGUAGCCCUCCUUCAGCUCAUGAUCCACAUCUUGGAUAUGUGCGCCCCAUAUCGAAGCCUGCUCAUUUCAUGCCUCAUAUCUCACAAAAUUCUCCUAGUCGUUUGGGACACCAACCUGUUCAGCGGUUCAAUUACGGGAGACCCACCAACGCACGGGUUGGUGAAUGGAAUCAUACAAAGGUUCAGGCCCCUGCCUCCAGCUUCAGCUCUGGGGGCCCGCUUUCUCCUGGAAGUAGCUCAUUCAGCAAUGGCAUGUCAUGGGGGCGUAGGGCCAAUCAUUCUGUUGCAAGCAUUCCGCCGGCAUCCCGUGAAAGAAAAGACCAUGGAAGGAUUGGCUAAUACUGAAUCAGCAUAUUCUUUUUACCAUGAGAGAACUUGUCUGAGAGUUGGCAAGAAAGUUGUACUCGAUGUUCAGCUGCCUAAUGGGCUCUAUGGGCUCAUGCUGGAAAAAAAAAAUCCCCAUCCAGAACUUGCUCAUUCAUUGUGUUUUCAUAGAUAUAAUUUAAGAUUAUGGUUUCUCUUGUCUUCUUGUUACUUAUGCAUGCAAUCAAUAUUCUUUUUAGUUA